AUGUGGCGUCACGUCGAGUGGCUGAACUCUCAUGAACUUUCCAGCUGGUCCACUGCCAUGUUCAAGUGUUGUCCGACUGGCCAACUUUUUAUCGCUAGCAUCGGACGGCUAUGUAUGCGACCGGUGUUACUCGCAGCAGUUCGCAGCUCGAAUCCCAGUCGCUUGCCAGGAGCACAACCUGUAGUCCGGAGAAACCUACAAAAUGUCCGCCUUUUUCUUAGUGAGAAGCACGCUGAACAAACAUGA